UUUAUUUAUUUAUUAUCAAGUAUUAUUGUUCUAUGUACCGAUGGCUGUUUAUUGUAAGGUUAUUUUUUUAUUGUAAACAUUAAAUUCAGGAGUUAGCACGUCGAUCGAAAUUCGAAUAAAUUUUAUUAUUAUAUUCUGCCAACCUUAAUUUUUAAAAAUUUGUACACGCGAUAAUCGACGGAUAGUUAUAUAAAAAAGUACAAUAGACAACAAUUGCAUAGGAUUUAUGCCAUAGGUUUCUUUCUACAUAAAUAUGAGCAAUAUAAACAGAGUAAUUCAAAGUGGAUAUUUUAAUGAUACUCUUAGACAAUGGCAGUGUCAAAACACUCACAUUACAUCUUUAAAUUUAAUGUAUCCAAUAUUCAUUUUAGAUGAACCAGAUGUCAAAGAAGAAAUUACAUCUAUGCCUGGUGUUUAUCGACAAGGUUUGAAUCAUGUUAAAUCAAUGUUAGAUCCAGUUGUCGAAUCUGGACUAAAAUCUCUUUUAAUUUUUGGCGUUAUUAAUAAGUUACCUAAAGAUCAAUAUGGAACACAUGCUGAUUCUCUUGAAAAUCCUGUUAUUCAAGCUUUACCAUUAUUAAAAAAUUGGUACCCUGAACUAACAAUAGCCUGUGAUGUAUGUUUAUGUCCAUAUACAUCUGAUGGACAUUGUGGGAUCAUUGAAAAUCAAUUAAUAGACAAUGGAAAAAGUAUUAACAGAUUAGGAGAAAUAGCAUUAUCUUAUGCUCUUGCUGGGGCUGAUAUUGUUGCUCCAUCUUGUAUGAUGGAUGGACAUGUAACAGCUAUUAAACAAAGUUUAAUGAAAGGAAACUUGUUGAGUAGGGUAAGUGUUCUAUCAUAUUCUGCAAAAUUUUGUUCAGUUUUUUAUGGGCCAUUCAGAGAUGCUGCAAAUUGUGCUCCAAGUUUUAGUAAUCGUUCAUCAUAUCAGAUUCCAGUGGGAAGUUCAAGUAUUGCAGAGAGAGUUGUGGAUAGAGAUGUUUCUGAAUCUUGUGAUAUGACAAUGGUUAAACCGGGAAUAAUGUACUUGGAUAUAGUAAGAAAAAUUAAAGAUAAACAUCCAAACAUUCCCUUAUUUAUUUAUCAGGUAUCUGGAGAAUAUGCAAUGUUAUAUCAUGCUGUGCAAGCAGGUGUAGUGACAUUAAAAGAGGGUUUACUUGAAAUUUUAAGGAGUAUGCGACGAGCAGGAGGUGAUGUGAUUAUAACAUAUUAUACUCCAGAAAUUUUGAAAUGGUUAAAAGAAGUAUCUCCGUUGUAAAUUGUAUGUAGUUAAGUUUGAACUUAAGAUGCAUUUAUUUUAGUGUUAUUAUUAAACAAGUAGAUGUAUUAAAAAUUUUAUAUAACCGAUUACAAA